AUGGGCCUCUCUGCCGCAGCCCCACUCUGGGGCCCCCCGGGGCUGCUCCUGGCCUUCGCCCUGCACCCGGUCCUCGCCCUGCGCCCGCACCGGGACUACUGCAUUCUGGGCGCCGGGCCCGCCGGCCUGCAGAUGGCCUACUUCCUGCAGCGCGCUGGGCGUGACUAUGUGGUGUUGGAGCGCAGCUCGAGUCCCGGCAGCUUCUUCGCGCGCUACCCGCGCCACCGCAAGCUCAUCAGCAUCAACAAGAGGUUCACGGGCAAGGCCAAUGCGGAGUUCAACCUCCGCCACGACUGGAACUCCCUGCUGAGCCACGACCCCAGGCUGCUCUUCAGACACUACUCCCGCGCCUACUUCCCUGAUGCUGGUGACAUGGUGCGCUACCUGGGCGACUUCGCAGCUAAGCUGGGGCUGCACAUACUGUACAACACAACCAUUGCCCACGUCAGAUUGGACAAGGAUGGGCAGGCCUGGAAUGGCCACUACUUCAUCCUGACUGACCAGAAGGGCCAGGCAUACCGAUGCAGUGUCCUUCUUGUCGCCACUGGUUUGUCAGUCCCCAACCAGGUUGACUUCCCUGGCUCCGAAUACGUGGAGGGCUAUGAGUCGGUGUCCACUGACCCUGAGGACUUUGAGGGUCAGAACGUGCUGAUCCUGGGCCGUGGGAACUCAGCCUUUGAGACGGCAGAGAACAUCUUGGGCGUCACCAACUUCAUCCACAUGCUGAGCCGCUCCCGGGUCCGGCUCUCCUGGGCCACCCACUACGUUGGAGACCUUAGCUCCCUCAGACUGUCCUCAGGGGGUGCAUUCAGUAAGAAGUACCCACUGAUCAAAGCUAACUACGAGUCCAAAGGAAGCCGGGGUCUCUUCGUUCUGGGCACUGCCAGCCACUCUGUGGACUACCGAAAAUCUGCGGGGGGCUUCAUCCAUGGAUUCCGAUACACAGUACGUGCUGUCCACCGGCUCCUGGAGCAUCGCCACCACGGCGUUGCCUGGCCCUCCACCGAGCGCCCCAUCACCCAGCUGACCAGUUCCAUCAUCCGGCGCGUGAACGAGGCAUCUGGGCUCUACCAGAUGUUCAGCGUGCUGGCCGAUGUCAUCCUGCUGAAGGAGAACACCACAACAUUUGAGUACCUGGAGGAGUUCCCCAUGCAGAUGCUGGCGCAACUGGAGACCCUCACAGGAAGGAAGGCCAGGCACGGGCUCUUCAUCAUCAACAUGGAGUAUGGCAAGAAUUACUCUGGACCCGACAAGGACGUCUUCUUCUAUGACCGGUCGGUGGGGCACAUGAGAGACGCGUGGCAGUCUAACUUCCUCCAUCCUGUCAUCUACUACUACAGACACCUCCCCACUGAGCAGGAGGUGAGGUUUCGCCCCGCAGACUGGCUGCUGCCUCGGCCCACGGCCAUCCACCACAUCGUGGAAGACUUCCUGACAGACUGGACCGCCCCAAUUGCACACAUUCUACCUCUGAGGCGCUUCCUGGAGAACUGUUUGGACACCGAUUUGCGAAACUUCUAUGCAGAGUCCUGCUUCCUGUUCACCCUGACGCGCCAGAAACUGCCGCCCUUUUGCCAGCAGGGCUACCUGAAAAUGCAGGGGCUUGUGGGGACGGAGCAUCUCCGGCGGCACAGAGCGGAGAGCGGGCUCCUGCGGGACUACACCGCCACGAGCCAGCGGCCUGGCAACCAGGGGCCAGUGGGUCACCCCCUGGCUCCCGGACCUACAGUCCAGCCCCUUGAUAACAAGAAGCGUGAGCUCUGA